AGCGUGUCCGCGGCGCCGCCACCAGCAUGGGCUGCGCCCCGAGCAUCCACAUUUCCGACAGCCGGACUGCGUACCACGGCGGCAAGGAGGCCGAGGACGCGCCGGGCCCCGCGGGGCGGCUGCCGCCCGGCGGGCCGCGCCUCCCUCGCAGCCUGGAGCCGACCGCCUCGCCCGCGACCCGCGGCGCCAGCCUCGCGGCUUCCGAGCCCCGCGGCGGCAGCAGCAGGACGGUAGCAGCUGAUGUGCAAUUCGGCCCCAUGAAAUUUCAUCCAGAUCAACUUCAGGUACUUUUAGUGUUUACCAAAGAGGAUAACCAGUGUAAUGGAUUCUGUAAGGCAUGUGAAAAAGCAGGGUUUAAGUGCACGGUUACCAAGGAGGCUCACACUGUCCUGGCCUGCUUCCUGGCCAAACACCACGACAUCAUCAUCAUCGACCACAGAAAUCCCCGCCAGCUGGAUGCAGAGGCGCUGUGCAGGUCUAUUAGAUCCUCAAAAGUCGCAGAAAACACAGUUAUUAUUGGUGUAGUACGCAGGGCAGACAGAGAGGAGUCGUCUGUGAUGUCCCUCAUUGCUGCUGGCUUUACAAGGAGGUACGUGGAGAACCCGAGCCUCAUGGCCUGCUACAACGAGCUGCUGCAGCUGGAGUUCGGGGAGGUGCGCUCGCAGCUGAAACUCAGGGCUUGUAACUCAGUAUUCACUGCAUUAGAGAAAAGUCAAGAAGCAAUUGAAAUUAUAAGUGAAGACCACAUUAUACAGUAUGCAAAUCCUGCAUUUGAAACAACAAUGGGCUAUGAAUCAGGUGACUUAAUAGGGAAGGAGUUAGCAGAAGUGCCUAUAAAUGAAAAAAAGGCAGAUUUGCUCGAUACCAUAAAUUCAUGCAUCAAGACGGGGAAGGAGUGGCAAGGAAUUUACUAUGCCAAAAACGGAGAUAAUGUACAACAAAAUGUGAAGAUAAUACCUGUCACUGGACAGGGAGGAAAAAUUAGACACUAUGUGUCCAUUAUCAGAGUGUGCCAUGGCAACAAUAAGGCUGAGAAAAUAGCUGAAUGUGUUCAGUCUGACACUCACACAGAUACUCAGUCGGGCAAACAUAAGGACAAGAGAAAAAGCUCACUGGACGUCAGAAGCCUGGCCUCUCGAACAAAUGAAGUGGCCAGCCAGCGACGACACUCCUCCCUGGCGCGGAUACAUUCCAUGACCAUUGAGGCGCCCAUCACCAAGGUUAUCAAUAUUAUCAACGCUGCCCAGGAAAACAGUCCCAUGCCUGUGACAGAAGCCUUAGACCGCGUGCUUGAAAUUCUGAGAACCACUGAAUUAUAUUCACCGCAAUUCGGUGCUAAGGAUGACGAUCCUCACGCCAACGACCUGGUUGGGGGCCUCAUGUCUGAUGGUUUGCGAAGGCUCUCUGGGAAUGAAUAUGUUCUUUCAGCAAAAGGCCUGCACCAAGCCUCGGGCCAUAUGAUCACUCCCAUCUCCCUUCACGACGUCCCGCCGCGCGUCGCUCAGGCCAUGGAAAAUGAGGACCACUGGGACUUCGAUAUUUUUGAACUCGAGGCUGCCACUCAGAAUAGGCCUUUAAUUUAUCUUGGUCUCAAAAUCUUCGCUCAUUUUGGGAUCUGUGGAUUCUUAAACUGCUCCGAGACAACACUGAGGUCGUGGUUACAGACGAUUGAAGCCAAUUACCAUUCUUCCAACCCCUACCACAACUCUACACAUUCCGCCGACGUGCUGCACGCCACUGCCUAUUUCCUCCGCAGAGAGAGGAUAAAGCAAACUUUAGAUCCACUCGACGAGGCCGCGGCCCUCAUUGCAGCCACCGUUCAUGACGUGGACCACCCUGGGAGAACCAACUCCUUCCUGUGUAACGCUGGAAGCAAGCUGGCCAUCCUGUACAAUGACCUCGCUGUGCUGGAGAGCCACCAUGCGGCCCUGGCCUUCCAGCUGACCACUGGAGACGACAAAUGCAACAUCUUCAAAAACAUGGAGAGGAAUGACUAUCGGACACUGCGCCAGGCUAUUAUUGACAUGGUCUUGGCCACGGAGAUGACGAGGCACUUUGAACACGUCAACAAGUUUGUCAACAGUGUCAACAAGCCCUUGGCAGCACUAGAAGAAAAUGAGGAAACUGAUAAAGAUCAAGAAGCCAUCGACACUAUGCUCCGCACCCCAGAGAACCGGACUCUGAUCAAACGGAUGCUGAUUAAGUGCGCUGAUGUGUCCAACCCCUGCCGGCCCUUGGAGCAGUGCAUUGAGUGGGCUGCACGCAUCUCAGAAGAAUAUUUUUCUCAGACCGAUGAAGAAAAGCAACAGGAUUUACCCGUGGUGAUGCCGGUUUUUGACAGAAACACCUGCAGCAUCCCCAAGUCCCAGAUCUCCUUCAUUGACUACUUCAUCACAGGCAUGUUCGAUGCUUGGGACGCCUUUGUAGACCUACCAGAGUUACUGCAGCAUCUGGACAACAAUUUUAAAUACUGGAAAGGACUCGAUGAAAUGAAGGUGCGGAGCACCCGACCACCUCCAGAACCAGAAGGGAGAAGGGCUCCUUCUCUGCAGAAACCGGACCUCUGAAACUGCUCUAACUCACUUGAUGGACUUUGCCAGUGACUCUGCAAAUUACAAGAAAUUAGAACUGAACACUUUUUUCAUAAAAUUUUAUUAAUGACUUUUCCAAAAGUUUGCCUUAUUUUGUAGAGUGUUUAUACCAAAUAUUCUCAUAGAAACAAACAGCAAACAUGAAAUAUUUACUAAACUGACUUUUUAAAACCAAUCUGUUUUCAUCUUCAAUGGUAAUCUUUAAUUCCAGAGAUUUAUAAAGGUUCUGUAUCUUCACAUUUUCAAUAAAUGUAGUAUCAUUAAAAAAAUGAAACAUG